AUGUGCAUGGCAUCUGAUGAUAACGAUCCUUACUCGAAUAGUCUUGAUCGAAACGAUACUGAACGUGAUCUCUACGCCGUGUUACAUAUCAGUAAAGAUGCCGAUACAACAACCAUCCAACAAGCAUACCGGCGGUUGACACUUCUGUAUCAUCCUGAUAAACAUACAGACCCACGUUUGAAACAAAUGACAAUGGAUUUAUUCAUUCAAGUAAAAAAAGCAUAUGACAUUAUAAACAAUCCACAAAAACGCGCUAUUUACGAUGCACUUGGAAUGAAAGGUUUGAAAGAAGAGGGAUGGGAAAUCAUAUCUCGAAUGAAAACUGCACGCGAGAUUCUCGAUGAGUAUGAACGGCUUGCCAAAGAACGAGAAGAACGACGUUUGAAUCAGAUGACAAAUACAACUAGUUCAGUACACUCCACAAUUGAUUUAACUGACAUGUUUAACCAGAUUCAAUCGUCUGACGAGAAUGAAGAAUUUUCACCAGAUUUUCAUAUCACUGAAUUUACUAUCGAAGAAAGUAUUGAUAUUCCAAUAACUAGUCAAGACACGGCGAUGAUCAGUGCCGUGGCUACGACACGUAAUCAACGUGGCACCGGUUCACUAACGACAUCCUUUCGGCAUCUACUAUCUGAUUUGUCCUGGUUUCGUAUGGAUUUAACAUGCAGUCAACGUCCUCAUCUUGGGCUUCGUUACUUUCGUCGUAUAACGCAAAAAUUUCACGCUAGUGUAGCCACAACAUUCAGUUUUAUCAAUGGACGAAGAGCCAUAGCAACACCUGGUUUUGUAUUUUCAAUAACCUAUCAACUAAGUCAUCAUUUAACAAGCAGUUUACAAUGGAAAACAGGACGAGGAUCAUUUAUGAAAGGUGCUCUACAGUAUGAUAACCAGAAAUGGGCGAUAUCCAGUGCUGUUCAACUAGGAAUUGUCAAUACCUUUGCGACGGUCGAUGGUGCUUAUCGAUUUCCUGGUGUGUGCAAUCUACGAUUUAGUUUCAAAAUGUUUGUAUUUGGUCCAUGGAUUGAAUAUGGUAUUGACCGUCAAUUCACUAAAUAUACACAUGGCUCAGCAGCAGUUGCUAUUAGCGCCAAAAUGGGUGUUCUAUUAAGAUUGAAAUUCAAUCGUGGUAGUCAAGUGUUUACCAUACCUUUGCCAUUAUCAAAAGAAAUUCUUCCGAGUGCCAUAUUUUAUGCUACUGUAACACCGGUUCUUGCUUACUUCGUACUCGAUCGAUUCGUAAUCCAACCAUAUAUUCGAUUGGAACAAGAACGGGAACAAAAACGACGCGAUGAUGAAGAACGCGAAAAUCAAGGCGAACGUCGGCGCGAGGCUAUGAAUGCUCAAGAAGUUCUGCGAUCGCUUGUCGAACAAGUAAAAGAGAAGGAAGGCCCACAAGGUUUGCUUAUUCUUCGUGCACAUUAUGGUCAUUUAACAUCUGCAAUGAAUGAAUCGUUGAUUAAAAUUAUUGAUGUUACAAUACCAUUACAAACACUUGUCAAAGAUUCGACAUUGAAAAUUGAGACUACAGUUUCUAAAUCGAAUUUAACUGGCUUUUAUGAUCCUUGUAUUGGUGAAGAAAAGUCCUUGUUUAUCAAAUAUUCGUUUCAUUCACAAAUACACACAGUCACUUAUAAAGAUACCGAUCCUGUUCUGUUACCGAAUCGAAAUCAUUUGAUUUCCUGA